GACGGAGCUCUUUCUUCCUUCAAUUCUCUCUCUCCGGAUCCCGCACAACCCCAUCAACGCGUCACUUAUCAACACUACACGUUUCACGAUCUCGAUAUCCCUGCGCUCGCUAUUUUGCCAUUUCUUAGAACUACUACCCCAUUUGCGCACCUCGUUUGCCCACAAUGACCGGCCGUGGAGGCGGUGGAGCUGCUCGCAAGACGUUGCUUGCGCCUAUUCAUUUUAUCUUCAAGCUUCUUCAGCAAAGGUCGACGGUGUCUAUUUGGCUCUACGAGCAGCUGGCUUUCCGGAUAGAAGGAAAGAUCCGGGGUUUCGAUGAGUUCAUGAAUCUGGUCGUUGACGACGCAGUGGAGGUUCGGAUGGCUACCAAGACCGAGGAAGAGAAGCGGAGACCGCUCGGCCAAAUCCUCCUCAAGGGCGACAACGUCUCUUUGAUUCAGGCUGUCCAGUGAUUCUUACGGGGCGUUAAGGAAUUGAUUGAAGGGAAAGGGACUGUUGGUUUUUUUCGUCGACCUUGUGCCGUUAUACGACUUUAUUUGCAUUUCUCUACCUUUCGCUUUCUUCAAGGAUAUCGCUGCGAAACAAUUAUUGCACCUCUAGCAAAAUGAACGAACCCAUGGAUUGAUAUGACUCGCUAUCUUGGUGAAGGAUCAGUGUUGGCGCACUAAAGUCCGGUCAUCCCCGACGAUGAGCACGUCUACAGGCCAGUCAUGUUCCGCUACCGGUAUCUCUUCGGUUGGAGGAAGCAUUUGCUCCUUGAGAGACAGGGCAAC